GAAAACUAUUUUUAACCGCUUUCCUGCAGCCCUAUAGCAGAAAUACUGCUACAGGGCAGCAGGGCUGCGCAAAAAAACACACACACACACACACAGUAAAACACACACAGCACACCUUUGAUCGCCCCAGAUGUUAACCCCUUCUUGCUCAGUGCCAUUAGUACAGUGUCAGUGCUUUUUAUUAGCACUGAUCACUGUAUUAGUGCCACUGGGGAUGUCAGUGGCAGUUAUUCAGUUCCCCCCCAGUGUCAGAAUGCCCUCCGCAGUCCUGCUAUAA